CAACUGCAAUUCCGUAACCGGAAGGGUCUCUUGCAUCGCGUUAUGUUUUGCUCUGUUUGGUUUAAUUAAAGAUUUGGUACAACAAAUUGUAGGACGACUGCAUCGACCUCCCCUCCCGCAGCAGCAGCCCGAACCAGAACCGGGCAGGGCGGUGCCGCUCCGCGAGCAUUGCCUGCAGGCGGCGGUAGGGGCCGGGAGGCCGCCGAGCUGCUGCACCCCUCCGGGCGCCGGAGCGCGGUGCGCGCAGCGGGAGCACAGCGCAGCAAUGGAGACUCCUGAAGUGGCUGUAAGCAGCUGCAGCGCUCUGGAUGAGGAAGGGAUCUGCAGCUACAGACAACACCUGUCACUGCCACAGGAGCUGCUGGCAGAAGACCAGCUCAGGAGGAAGCUGAAGUUCUUCUUCAUGAACCCAUGUGAAAAAUUCUGGGCCCGGGGCAGAAAACCUUGGAAACUUGGGAUUCAACUGCUCAAAAUAGCAAUGGUUACCAUUCAGCUGGUACUUUUUGGAUUGAGCAAUCAAAUGGUGGUUGCCUUCAAAGAAGAGAACACUAUUGCAUUCAAACAUCUCUUCUUGAAAGGGUACAUGGACAGAAUGGAUGAUACCUAUGCAGUAUACACACAGACAGAUGUCUAUGACCAAAUAUUCUUUGCCAUCAAUCAGUACUUACAGUUGCCCAACAUUUCUGUUGGAAACCAUGCUUAUGAGAAGAAAGGAGCAGAAGAGACAGCUCUGGCUGUAUGUCAACAGUUCUACAAGCAAGGAACCAUCUGUCCUGGAAAUGACACCUUUGAUAUAGACCCAGAGAUUGUGACUGACUGCUUCUACAUUGAGCCAUUGAUGUCUUUAGACAACAGAACAGUGGGAAAGCACAAUUUGAAUUUCACUCUGGAUUUUCACAGGCUAGUGGCAGUGCAACUCAUGUUCAAUCUGAAGGCAAUCAACCUCCAGACCGUUCGUCACCAUGAGCUCCCUGACUGUUACGAUUUCACCCUGACGAUAGUGUUUGAUAAUAAAGCCCACAGUGGAAGAAUCAAAAUCAGUCUAGACAAUGAAAUAGAGAUCAGGGAAUGUAAAGACUGGCAUGUUUCUGGAUCAAUACAGAAGAAUACGCAUUACAUGAUGAUUUUUGAUGCUUUUGUCAUACUCAUCUGUCUGAGUUCGCUGAUCCUUUGCACGCGAUCAGUGGUCAAAGGAAUUCGGCUCCAAAGAGAAUUUGUAAGUUUUUUUCUAUAUUACUACAAGAAAGAAGUAUCUUACAAUGAUCAGAUGGAAUUUGUCAAUGGCUGGUAUAUCCUCAUUAUGGUUAGUGAUGUCCUAACUAUCACUGGAUCAACUCUCAAAAUGGAGAUACAGGCCAAGAGUCUGACGAGUUAUGACGUUUGUAGCAUACUCCUAGGAACAUCCACUAUGCUCGUGUGGCUUGGAGUCAUUCGCUACCUAGGUUUCUUUCAGAAGUAUAAUCUUCUCAUUCUAACGCUGCGAGCAGCAUUACCCAACGUCAUGAGGUUCUGCUGCUGUGCUGCUAUGAUCUAUCUAGGCUAUUGUUUCUGUGGAUGGAUUGUACUGGGGCCAUACCAUGUGAAGUUCCGUUCUCUGAAUGUGGUUUCUGAAUGCCUCUUUUCAUUGAUAAACGGAGAUGACAUGUUUGCCACUUUUGCAAAAAUGCAGCAGAAAAGUUACUUGGUUUGGUUAUUCAGUAGAAUCUACCUCUACUCCUUCAUCAGUCUGUUCAUCUACAUGGUGCUAAGUCUCUUCAUUGCACUCAUUACGGAUACGUAUGAAACUAUCAAGCACUACCAACAAGAUGGCUUUCCAGAGACAGAACUUCAGAGAUUUAUAUCACAGUGCAAAGACUUACCAAACUCUGGAAGGUACAGAUUAGAAGAGGAAAGUUCUAUAUCUCUCUUCUGCUGUUGUAAUGGUCCUAGUGAACAUAUCUGAUGGUCUGUGGGAGCAUACCAUGGAGGCUCUGAAGCAGUGCACAUUGCAGGAAGUGGGUAGUUUAGAGCUGGUGGAAAAUCUUACACCCUAAGUCUAAAUGCUUUUCCCCAAAACCAGUGUAAACCUGUGGCAAAAGCUUGUGAUAUACUUGCAGCCUUUCUGGUCAGGCGCUCUCACUUCUAGCUCAGGUUUGUUUGUUUUUUAGCUUUGUUCUAUUUGUUUCCUCAGUUAAAAUUUUCUAGACUGCAAAGGGCAUUAACAAGCUGUCUGUGUUCAGACUUGGCUAGACUAAAUGGGUAGACUAGGAAGGCACAAAGAAAUAGUAUCAGGCAACAGUGACUUUGAGCAUCAAGCUAGCCCUCAGUACUAAAGGCAUUCUCUCUCAUGCAUUGAGUGAAUUAAAGCAGUCUGGUGCCCUCAAGCAGUUUUCUAUAUCUGUAAUACUCAAGAAAAAAAAAAUUAAAUCUAUGACAUUUGGUGAAACUUGUUUCUGGAGACAGUACAGGGGGUUGAUGUACAAGCCAUUCAAAUAUGGUUCUGAGCAUCAACCAAACAUUUGUAUGAGGAGAAGCACCAUGCGAGGAACAUGGCAGUCUCCUCUCAGACAGGUGAGGACAUGAAAGGCUGGAAAUGAAGUCGGAGGGGUGAGGUGGGUGGAGAGAUGUGGAUGUCCCACAUCCAGCCCCAGCCAAGGGUCCCUUACAGCAUUCUGCUGAGCAGUGUGCUGACCUUACAUUUUUUAAGGAAUAGUCAGGCAGAAGAACUUUUAAAGUAUUUAUUUUUAAGUAGAGAACUUCCUUUAGUGUACCAGUCUAUAAACCUGGACUAAGGUAAAGACAUAGACUCUGAGAGUCAUCUCACCACACAUAAGAAACUAAUGUUUCCUACCAAGCUGUAUGACCUGGUACUGUCUGUGGCUGUCUAGAACAUUAGGUCUUACACAAGUUCAGUUUUGUCAACUUAGUUUAUAUAGUUUGCUCAUUGUGGUACUGUGCAAUGGAUGCCUUAUUUCCUAUAGUCUCUUCACUAUAGGAGAAGAAUAGAAAGACAAAGGAAAGCAUAUUUUAGAUAACCUGCAUUUUAAGCAACAAUCCCGUAAGUGUGUGUGAAAUCAUGCAAUGAAAUUCUGUAUGCUGCACACCAACACAGUGCACACUAAACACCUUUUGUCUGGAUGUUUACCUACUGCAAAUGCACUA